GGGCCGCGGUGCGCGCGCUCCUGGGACCGCCUGCUGUGCUGGCCGGACACAGAGCCCGCCACGCUCGCCACCCAGCCCUGCUUCUCCGAGCUCAACGGCAUCCCCUACGACACUACCCAGAACGCGUCGCGGUGGUGCCACGCGAACGGCACGUGGUCCAGCUACAGCAACUACUCGCUGUGCCGCGACCUCAGCCCGCUGGCGGCCGACGAGCCCGGCGUCGAGGUGGCGACGACGCUCUACUUCAGCGGCUACGCCCUGUCGCUGGCAGCGCUCGCCGUCGCCGUCGCCGUCUUCCUGCACUUCAAGGAGCUGAGGUGUUUACGAAAUACCAUCCACACGAACCUCAUGUGCACCUACAUUCUAGCGGACUUCAUGUGGAUACUCACAACCACGCUGCAGAUCGCUGUGCAGACUGAUGCCACAUCAUGCGUCGCGCUCAUCUUGCUGCUCCACUAUUUCCAUCUCACCAACUUCUUCUGGAUGUUCGUGGAGGGCCUCUACCUAUACAUCCUCGUGGUGGAGACCUUCACAGUGAAGAACAUUGAGCUUAGUGCCUACGUGGCCAUCGGAUGGGGCUGCCCUGCUCUCUUCGUGGCGAUGUGGGGUCUCGUGAAGACUUUCGCGCCAAGAGAAAGGGACACUCAGGUGCAGACGACGGAACCGCUGAUGCGACAUUGCCCUUGGAUGAGCCCCGACAGCUACGACUGGCUAUUCCAGGCUCCAGCCAUCGCCGUACUGGCUCUCAACCUCAUCUUCCUAGUCAUGAUCAUGUGGGUGCUGAUCACUAAGCUGCGGUCGGCGAACACGGUGGAGACGCAGCAGUACCGGAAGGCGAGCAAGGCGCUGCUGGUGCUGAUCCCGCUUCUGGGCAUCACCUACAUCCUCAUGAUCGCCGGGCCCACCGAGGGUUUCUCCGCUGAGGUCUACGGCAAUAUCCGCGCCGUGCUCCUGUCUACACAGGGCUUCACGGUGGCGCUGUUCUACUGCUUUCUCAACUCGGAGGUGCAGACGGCGGUGCGGCACCGGCUGGACAGCUGGCAGACAGCUCGCAGUCUCGGCGGCGCGGGCUCCGGCGCCCGCAGGCUCAAGAGGUCCAACAGCCGCGACGGUUCGCCCAGGUCCCGCACCGAGAGCAUACGGGUAGGCGACGUGAUGCCGGCUGGAGGCCCCAGGGAGGUGUCGGACAGUCAGCUCUGAGGCAGCCGGCACUGCAGGUGACAGCCUUCCAAAACCAGCGCGGGGGACACACGUAGUGGAGCGCAAGCCACGGGGGCCGUGCAAUAGCAGCAGCGUGUGACCACACCUGCUGCCCACCGCACAUACACAACAAACUUUAAGAGUACACUUGGCUCAUUGUGAUACAUGCUCCAAGAAGACUUGAUGAGGAGAACUCAUAGAAAGUAGUGUAACCCACUGAUUCUGAAUACAGUUCAACAGUAACGAACAGUUUACCAACUAAGUGUCUAUGACAGUCUCGUUAGCGGAGAACCACUCGACAAUCUCAGUAGUGAACAAAUAAGUCAUUCCGUCAUUGUGGCCUUUUCGGAUAGAAAUCAAUAUCGUUUCGAUUUACUUUAAUAUUUCCGUUGUACAACAAGUACAGGUAACUAAAAUAAGAUAUGUAUAAGCCAUGGAUUCAAAGUGUGUGUGUUUUAGUGACACUUUCUGUUGGGAAAAUUUCGAGAAUAAUAAGGAAGUUAAACCACUACUCUUUUACAUUUGCCACAGCGCAGAAUGUGAUGAAAUCCAUGAAGAUAAUGAAUAGCUUCAGUGUCUGAGAAACGUUCAUCAUAAAACACUGACGCCUUCUUCUUCCAUAUGGCGAAGGCCAAGAUUGUCGUUCUGCAAGUAAUUAACAAAUUAUUAAUUGAACUCUUGUUUAUUAUUCAACGAAAGUGUACCGAAAGCUCUCAUGGACUGAUAUCUGAGUAGGUCUGACAAAGCAAAGGCGAGAAAUGUGUACCGGUUGUAUUGCAUACCUUAGAGAACUGUGUAGAGAAUAAAUUAAAUAAUCUAUUCUUAACAGGGAUUAAGAACAGCACUGAUCAAUUUCACAUUCUCCUGUGCUACAGAAGGUGAAUUCCGCAUGUAACACAGUCAUCUCUUCUUAUUGUGAGGUAUUUAAUAUACAACCGAGUGUAAUUCAUACCUCAAGAGGAAUUUCUGUUUGGUCGGCACGACGCAACAGUUGCCGUCCACUUUCAUUAAAACUACCAAUUGGCUACCUAGAACUUGCGUCAAUUCAAACGAAUUUUUUGGUAUUUUUCUUUUGGUUAAUUUUAUAUUGACAUAUUCAUCAAUCAAACUCAUUUCUCGAAUGUCACUGGCAGGUCAUGGGUAAGAAAAUUUCCCUCAGUUUAGGAUUAUUUUAGAGUAAUACAAUUAGCAAAUGCUAACGUUGUUUGCCAUUGAACCGUUUAUCUUUGUCUUCUGAAACUUCUGUUUUUCGGACAAGGCUCUCAUCAGUGAUAACUGAUUAGGCCAACUGCUGUUUAGCUACCACUAAAAUUGAUGGAGAGUUGAAAGUCACCGAAAAUUACUCGUUAUACAACAGAUGAUUAGAGAAUCGUUGUGAGACGUGAAGAUGAUGUGUCACACUGCGAUUACAAUGCGAAUACCGGACUUAAUGUGGGCCGUAGAUGAUCACGCCUCACGUCCUGACACAAAGCUUCAACUUGCUGUAUUUCAUUUCUUACUUCUUACUUUGGACACAUGAGCUAUCCAAGUAAUUCUCAGGUAUUCAGUUUCAAUUGCCGAUGUAGAGCACGCCAGCCCCCGAAUGGCACAAUUUUAUAACAGUUAUUUAUCACAGUGUAUAUUCCGAUAUAUCAGCUCAAGAAGUAAUUUGCGAGUUAGAUGCAUUACGUAGUUAUGCAUGAUGAAAACAGGUCAAUAUGGCAUGAAAAGUUUCUAAAACACUGCACAGAAAUGUAGCCACCUAUAUGACAUGAAAAUAUUAAUUCUCUCGCAGAAUGAUGAACAUUCGCAUUAUGGGAGUAUAACCUAAGCGGAUGUAAACUUCGUUUUAAAAUUAAAAUUUUUCUUUGUUGAAUGACAAUCAUACGGGAAGAAUGCAAAGUAAGUCUAAUAUAGGAACUAUUACUAUUUCUUAAUUCUACUAAAAUAUGAGACUUCUUUAGAACAGAAUGAAUAUUUUAUACAGAGUAAUAACUAGGGACGAUUUUUUAAUGCCUUUCUAUACCUCUUUUACAGAUAUUAACCUUCCUGUCUUUUGUUGGCCAUAAAUGUGAUGUUACGACUGUAUUGUUUUACUGUUUCCCCUAUCACUGUAACAUUACUUAUUACGGUAUGCUAAGGUGUGUAUUAUUUCGUAUUAGCACCUCAUGAAAAAGAUGGGCUGGCAGCAAGAUCUCAGUUGGAAAACUUACUGAAAUGUCAUUUAUUUAUCGAAUGCAUUACAUACAGAUACGACUUGUUAAAUAUUUCAUUACCACGAGUGAUAAGAAUAUUAUCAAUAAAAAGAGAGCUACGACAAUCAUCUCGAGAACCCGACAUACUAAAGAACCGAGGAAGAGGUACACACAAAAUUUUCUGACUACAAAUAUUGAUGAACAUUAUUAAUAAGGUUCAUUCAUUGCUGGUUAAUGUUAUCACCAUUUACUGCUUCAUUGUCCCAUAGUGCUAAGCGUGAAGUAUGCUUCAAUACGAAAGUCUGAUCCGUUUUCAUCCAUAAUAUACAACAGUGUACUGCAAAAUUUAUGUUUUCCACCAGAAGGCUUGGCUAAAUGACGUCAUCGUGCGACACCGUUAUUUUGUAUUGUUGACAAAAUAUUAACUAGAAGAACUGGAUAUCAUAUUUACGUACACUAAAUACAGCUGGCGAACAAUUUCACGAAUUCAAGAUUUGGUUAAUCCUAACUUUGAUUCUGAAGAUCAACAGCGACAAUUAUUCAGUCUGAUAGUGAAUGAUCUUUCCACAGCCUCUGUUAUAAUAUUUUUAUACAUAUGAUGUGUGUCGAGACUGAAUCUCAAUCUCAAAUGUUUCGUAUGUGAUAUUUCCAUACAACAGAAAGUUAGACAUGAAGGUAAAACAAUAAUGAAUCAGGCUGCAAGUGAUUGUUUAGUAAAUCUGGUUAAUCAGUAACAUCGUUUAGUGCAUAUCAGUGGCCGUAACACAACUCUGUGUAUUGCAAAAAGGGCAUGCAACAAUGGGGUAGUAGCUGUAAAAUACGACUGGUUGAGUAUGAAGUAAGAUUACCUUAAUAGUAAAAUUUUUGUUGUUUUUAUGACAGAAGUGUGACAGCCUUAAAACCAGAACAAAACACAUGUCCAUUUAAUAUCUAUUAGAAUGUGUAAAUGGGGAAAAAAACUUAAAUAUGUUGUGCAUCGCAAAAACUCUGUGAAUUCAAUGUUACGAAUUGAUCAACAUAUUGAUUUUGGAAUCGAAAUUGUAACAAAAUUGUUGUGUGCAUACCUAUCAGAAAAUGGGACCAGAGAAAGUAAAGCAGUUACAGUGAGACAAUAGACUAAUCCCUCAUAAAAUAUUGGUGAACCUCUCUACGAAGCACGUCAGGAGUAAAACUUAAGGUAUAAAGAAAGUAAUUCGCUGUCAUACACGUUUUAAUUGA